AGUAGUUCCUGAGGGUUAGAGAGCACUUAUCACACAAUUCCCCACACCCAGACUUUCCCAGCGAGUCCUUGGAGUUAAACCAUUGACCUUCUGGUCACUGCUACUACAAUGCUGCUGCUGCCUCAAGUAAUGAUCACGCAUGCUCCAUCAGUGCAGUCUUUAGCAGCCAAAACAACACAUCAUUUACCAUUUCUCAUCUCAUCUCUCCAUUCUACACUUCUGAUCACUUUAACAGCCGCAAUUCAGACAACCAGCAUUUACAAAUACAUUAAGAGCAUGCUGGCAGUCAGCCUAAAGAGUGAUCAUUGAGACAAAUUGAUCCCUAUCUGUUUAAAUUGGCACUAUAAUCUAUCAUUGGCAAAUUGAACACAGUGAGCUAUCUGGGAUCUAUUGCCUUUUUAGAUAGCGGCCCUUGGGGCAUGCAGACAGAGAGAAAGUGAUCUACGCCACUGAAUGAACUCUUUAUGUCUCAUCUCAGACAUGUAUGUCUGCUUACACUGAAGCAUACAAAGAUAAAUGUUAUACACCUUUUUCCUCAUAAAUGCCUCCAUAUAACUUACAUGUGCAUGCAUACAGUCAAAACGCAUACAUACACACACCAUAUCUACAAUGAGGGGGUGUUAAUUGUGAUAAUGGAAUGCAAUUUUCUGUAAUUACAUAUUAUUAAGAAGCCAAAAAGACCAAAACAUAAUUUAAAGGACAAGUUUUGUCAUUAAAGUCUGUAAAAGCUUAAGAGUCACCUCUGCAAGCACGGAGAAAGAAGGUAAGGUGAAUUAAAACACACUAUAUGCUGUAAGAAUUGCACACAUAUAUAUAAAAAAUUAUCUCAAAAUAUCCCUACUCUUGAGUUCAUUAUUUUAUGCCCACACAAUUAUGAAAUCUUUUAUAAAAUUAAAAUUUUAAUACUAAAAUAUAGACGAUUUAGCUCACGUUUUGCUUAUAUUUCUUCCCAAAGUAACUUCUUGAAACUUUAAUUAUGUCAGCAAAUAUUCUUCACCUAAAUGAAGCCAAAUGUGCACGCACACAUUUGGCUAAUUGGCCUUUUUUCCCCCUUUUUUAUUUAUUAUUUUUGCAUAUAAGCAACAUAAAAAACAAGCUGUGCUAUAAAGAGACAAGAGACAGUCCUUACCAGAGGGCACUGAUUGAUAUUAUGCAAUGCAGCAGAUAAAACUGACAUAUGGGGCACAGCCACCAUCAAUCAAGUGAUCUUUAUCAAGCAGGAAACAAACCAUAUUUGGCUGCUAAAGAGACUUCUGAAUAUUAAAAGUUGCUGAAACCUGUUGCCUGUUAACAAGUAAACCAUCUUUUGUGUUAUGUGAAAUUAAUUCCUGCGUUUUUAAUAUUUUAUGUUAAUUUAAAUUGAGUCAAUUAUCGAGACUGUUUCUCACCCUUUUUUAAAAAAUAUUUAAGUGGGACAAUUUAUUUUCUGUCCUGAUUCCACUGUCAUCUAAUUCAAUCAGACUCUUGAAGUUGAUUUGCCUGGUUAACAUUUGCUCCUGCGUGGGUCUGCAGGGGUUAAUCAGGCCGGGAACUUGGAGACCUCCGGGUCAGUAUCCCCCCUAUCUUCCAUGAAGGACUUGGUGACGGCAGAGAUGAGAUUAAAGUCAACUUUCAUCCCAGUUUUUGACUUUUUACGCAAGUGUGAGAGAGAUGUCUUGCCAUCAGAGGAACCAUCAUUUUCUUGACUUUAUCUAUGCAAAUGAUUUUUAAAAGAAUUUAAAUUAUUAUAAUUUUUUUAACCCUACUCACGCCGAUAGCUGCAUAGUUGUCGCCUAUAAUCUGUUGCCUCUACCCCUGUUUUGACCAGUGCGCGCGUCCUGCCAUAUAAGAAGAAUUACCAAUCGCAGUGCACGUGUCAGUUUUAACCUGAUACAUGAGUGAAAGCUUUCUCUUUGCACGCCCGUAAAUCUCAACUAUUAUCUACUCACUAUCGAUUAAUUUAACUGCACUUAUCCCAAUCAGCACAUCUCCACUCCUGUGUUCCAGAGCGUGUGCUUUGUUUUACUAACAAUAAUAAAGUGAUUUAGUCCUUUCUCCCAGCCGGUGCAUGGGAAAUCGUUAAAGAUCCAGCUAUUUGUGUGUGAUCAGUAAAUAUUUAGUGCAGGCGACAUCCUCUGUCUCGUCUUAAUCGAUACUGCUCCCGUUGGGCAGCGCUAUUGUUGUGCGCACGCAGGCUUGCUGAGCAUAUAGUGCUUUUAUCCUCUGCUUGAAGGGGAGAACAACUACUAAUCACACAGAGGAAACUUUUAAACCCGGGAAAUAAAAAACUGCAGCACAAGACUUUCGGAGGGGAGGGGGGUGUUUAAUAGCAAAUCAAUUGUGUUGGUGUGGAAAUGUUUAAAAAAAAAAAAAAAAAAAGGUGUUCAAUUUUUCAACCCAGUAUAGAUUUACGCGAGGUUAAUUGAGGCUAUUAUCAUUUCAUUAUAUAGGCCUGUGUAUUCUCUGCGUAAUGUAUAAUUGCUGGAGGUGUAGCUGUGAAAAAAGAGAGGUAUGUUGUUAUUUAUUUACACGCUUGUGUCUUUAUUUUGUAUAAUGUAGAUGCACCAAUUUUACAUUAUAAUUAUUAAUAUUAAUUAAAGCCAAUUAAUGAUGAUAAUGAUUAUAAUAAUAUCACAAUAGUCACUGGUGUUUUAGUUGGUGGGUGGUUAUUUGAAAAUUAAAAUUAAAAUCAAGCCAGAUUUUAAUUGCAGCUCUAAUCACAUGUCUUAUUGCAUCUUAAGUUGCAAUCUCCAUAUAAUUUGUAAUAUGCAGAAUGUCUCAAUGCAUUGCUCGCCACACUUAAAGACAGGUGUCUGUUCUGACUUCACCCCCUCCCUCUCUCCUCAGUUAGCCCACACAAAGCAGCGGCGUACGAGCGCGUUUUGGCCAUAUUACUGUAGGAGAGAAAAGGCGCACAGGAUCUCUGCUUUGCUGUGAAAGCCUACUUGUCAUUUCCAGAGGCAAGUCAAAUGAUAUUCAGCUCGGGAAGACACCUUCAACGUUAUAUUUCCAAACUGCUCGCUCAACAGCAACACAUUGACGUGAAUCAGUUGGGUUUGUUCCGGCUCUCCAAAGUUUUCGCAUGAUCAGACAUUUGCAAAUUUUCCAAUAAACAGCGUGCCUUUUUUGUGUUUGAUCCCGGGUCUGUUGGAGAGGAAGCUUUGCCAGUUUCAUUCUGAGCACUGUGUCGAAAAAGAGAAGACAAAAUAUAUUCUGAAUAAGAGAGAAGAUGCAUCCCGCUACGGACGAAGCAACAUAUGCAUUUGCCGUGCAAAGGGGACGGGUGCCACCCACACAGCCACACCACGGUCAGUUCGCCUUGACAAAUGGAGACCCACUGCACUGCCAUUCCUACUUAUCCGGAUAUAUCUCUCUUCUGUUGAGAGCGGAGCCCUACCCGACGUCCCGGUAUGGCAGUCAGUGCAUGCAACCCAACAACAUAAUGGGCAUCGAGAACAUUUGUGAACUAGCAGCCAGGAUGCUCUUCAGCGCCGUGGAGUGGGCCAGGAAUAUUCCCUUCUUUCCAGACCUUCAGAUCACAGACCAGGUGGCUCUGCUGAGGUUGACGUGGAGUGAGUUAUUUGUGCUCAACGCCGCGCAGUGCUCCAUGCCCCUGCAUGUGGCUCCUCUCCUGGCGGCGGCUGGCCUUCACGCCUCCCCCAUGUCCGCGGACAGAGUGGUGGCCUUUAUGGACCACAUUAGGAUCUUUCAAGAACAAGUGGAAAAGCUCAAAGCUUUGCACGUUGACUCUGCUGAAUAUAGCUGCUUAAAGGCAAUUGUGCUCUUCACCACAGAUGCUUGUGGCCUCUCAGAUGUGGCCCAUGUGGAAAGUUUGCAGGAGAAGUCCCAGUGCGCCCUGGAGGAAUAUGUCCGGAGCCAGUAUCCCAACCAGCCAACACGGUUUGGGAAGUUGUUACUCCGCUUGCCUUCCCUCCGCACAGUCUCUUCCUCGGUCAUAGAACAAUUAUUUUUCGUCCGAUUGGUAGGUAAAACCCCAAUUGAAACUCUCAUCAGGGAUAUGUUGCUUUCGGGGAGCAGUUUUAACUGGCCUUACAUGUCAAUUCAGUAAACCAAGAAGGAGACGAACAAACAAAA